CUUUGAUUCUCGCAGACCAUCUAUACAGACCAACGUCAAGAUGGGUGGCGAUCUCAACUUGAAGAAAUCAUGGCACCCCUCGCUCAUCCGCAACCAAGAGCGCGUAUGGCAAGAAGAAAAGCGCGCGCUGGACGAGCGCAAGAAAGUCGACCAACUCCGACGCGAACGCGACGAAGAGCGGCAAAUCCAAGAACUCCAGCGUCUGCAAGACGACUCGGGCAAGGGCCGCCAACAGCACCGCGUCGACUGGAUGUACCAGGCGCCGUCGAGCGCCACGGGCCACUACUCUGAGGAAAUGGAGGGCUAUCUACUGGGGAAGCGCCGCAUUGAUGGGAUCCUGCUGAAGGGUGAUGAGACAAAGAAGUUGGAGAAGGGGGCGGAUUUGGUUGCGGCGCAUCAUGGGACCGGCGAGGUGGAGCAGGCGCCGGCUGUGAAUGCGAGGGAUACGAUGAGUAAGGUUAUGGCGGAUCCGUUGUUGGAGAUUAGGAAGAGGGAGCAGGCUGCUUAUGAGAGUAUGGUUAAGGAGACGGUGAGGAAGCAGGAGAGGGAGAAGAGGAGGGAGGGGGAGGGCAGCGGCGGGAGGGAGAGGCGGAGGGAGAGGGAGAGGGAGGGGGGUCAUAGGCGCAGUCGGAGGUAUAGCGAUGAGGGUGAUUAUGAGUCGCGGCGUCGGCAUCGGCGACAUCGGUCUAGGUCCCCUGUUGAAGGGGAGAGGUCGUCGCAUCGUCGGCAUCGCUCUAGGUCUCCUGCUGAGCCGGAACGGUCGUCGCAUCGUCGGCAUCGGGACGAUCGUGAUCGUGAUCGCGACCACGGAGAUCGGCGGAGUCACUAUCCCAGCAGACAUGAGGAUCGUGACAGCCGGCCUCGUCACCAUCACCGUUCUUCUGCUCGUCAGGAUUCGCGAUCGCCGUCUCCUCGCCCGGGCAAGGUCGACUCCGAUAGACGGCGUUCGGACGACAGAGACCACCCAGACCGUCGCGAAAGGUCAUACCGCGAUAAUAACAGGAGAGACUACAGAGAUGGGCCGAGACAUUCCUACCCUCGCGACAGCCGUGCGCCCAACAACAACGACAACAACAACAACAACAACAACUACAGCAGAAACAAGGGACCUGGAGAUAUCGACAACUCAAGGGCAAAAGAACAAGAGGAAGAACGCAAACGCAAGCUUGCGGAAAUGAUGUCCAGUGCGUCCGAACUGGAAGAGACUCGUCGACAGCGCGUCGCCGACGUCACACGCAUGGAGGAGAAACAACGCACCGAAGACGAGAAACACCGUUCGGAACGUGGUCAGUUCAUGAGUGGGCUUCAUCGCCAGCUGCAGGAGGACAGUUUAGAUGAGAGGCUGAAGCGUAGUCGCGGCGGACUGGCCCGGAUGGAGGAAGAUUAAUCUCAUUCUUUUUUCAUCGUUCCCUGCUACUUUGAUAUGAUUGCAUUACGGGCGAUAUCUGGCGUUAUUUGGCUCUUGAGGGGCUUUCGCAUCUGAGUACCUUUGCGACAUAUUAUUGUCUUCUAUGUAGUAAAUUGAUAGUGCGCUUGCAAAAAUUGUAUAUUU